GGCUCGGCGCGCGCGGGCCAUGUCCGCCUUCUGCCUGGGCUUGGCCGGCCGCGCUUCAGCACCCGCCGAGCCGGACAGCGCCUGCUGCAUGGAGCUGCCCGCCGCGGCCGCGGACGCAGUCGGGAAUCCAGCCGCCGCCACCGCCGCUGCCCUCAUCUCCGGGGGCCCCGGGGAGUUGGAACUGGCGUUAGAGGAGGAGCUGGCGCUGCUGGCGGCUGGGGAACGGCCGUCCGAGCCCGGGGAGCAUCCUCAGGCCGAGCCCGGGCCUCCAGCCGAGGCGGCCGGACUGCAGCCGCCGCCCGCCCAGGAUCCCGAGCUGCUGUCAGUGAUCCGGCAGAAGGAGAAGGAUCUGGUCUUGGCGGCCCGACUGGGCAAGGCAUUGCUCGAGAGAAAUCAGGACAUGAGCCGGCAGUACGAACAGAUGCACAAGGAACUAACAGAUAAGCUGGAGCACUUAGAACAAGAGAAACACGAACUAAGAAGACGAUUUGAGAACCGAGAAGGCGAGUGGGAAGGGCGUGUGUCUGAGCUGGAGAGUGAUGUGAAGCAGCUUCAGGAUGAGUUGGAGAGGCAGCAGGUUCAUCUACGGGAAGCAGAUCGAGAGAAAACACGGGCCGUCCAGGAGUUAUCAGAACAGAACCAAAGGUUAUUGGACCAACUCAGCAGGGCAUCAGAAGUUGAGAGACAACUCUCCAUGCAAGUACACGCCCUCAGAGAAGACUUUCGGGAGAAAAACUCAUCAACCAACCAGCACAUCAUCCGGCUGGAAAGCCUUCAGGCCGAGAUCAAGAUGCUGUCGGAUCGGAAGCGGGAGUUGGAGCAUCGUCUCAGCGCCACCUUGGAGGAGAACGACCUGCUCCAGGGGACAGUGGAGGAGCUGCAGGACCGGGUGUUGAUCCUGGAGAGGCAGGGCCACGACAAGGACCUCCAGCUGCACCAGAGUCAGCUGGAGCUGCAGGAGGUGCGGCUCUCCUGCCGGCAGCUGCAGGUGAAGGUGGAGGAGCUGACCGAGGAGAGGAGCCUGCAGAGCGCCGCCGCCACCAGCGCGUCGCUCCUGUCCGAGAUAGAGCAGAGCAUGGAGGCCGAGGAGCUGGAGCAGGAGAGAGAGCAGUUGAGACUGCAGCUCUGGGAAGCUUACUGCCAGGUCCGCUAUCUGUGCUCGCACCUGCGGGGAAACGACAGCGCUGACUCGGCCGUCUCCACGGACUCCUCGAUGGACGAGUCUUCAGAGACGUCGUCGGCUAAGGACGUGCCAGCCGGCAGCUUGCGCACUGCCCUGAAUGAGCUCAAGAGACUGAUCCAGAGCAUCGUGGACGGCAUGGAGCCCUCGGUGACACUGCUGAGCGUGGAGAUGACCGCCCUGAAGGAGGAGAGAGACCGACUCAGAGUGACGUCUGAGGACGAGGAACCAAAGGAGCAGCUUCAGAAGGCCAUCAGGGACCGGGACGAGGCCAUCGCGAAGAAGAACGCUGUGGAGCUGGAACUCGCCAAGUGCAAGAUGGACAUGAUGUCUCUCAACAGCCAGCUGCUGGAUGCCAUUCAGCAGAAACUGAACCUCUCGCAGCAGCUUGAGGCUUGGCAGGAUGACAUGCACAGGGUCAUUGACCGGCAGCUGAUGGACACGCACCUGAAGGAACGGAGCCGGCCUGCUGCCGUCCCCUCCCGGGCCCCGGGCCUGGGGCGUGGGGACGAGCCCAGCACCGCCGAAGGCAAACGGCUCUUCUCGUUCUUCAGGAAGAUUUAAGCCCGGAGGAGUCAGGCCAGCGAGGACAGGCACACUGACGCCGACUCAAAUGGGGGUGUGGGCCAGGGCCCAGGGCAGCACGUGCACC